UGCCCACAAUCUCCCCACUCACCGCGCGCGCGCCCCCCGCUUCUCCGUCGUCGUCGCUCUAUCUCGUCCCCAUCUCUCCCACGACGAGCCAUUCCUUUCGCCAUCAACGCCCCCUCCCAUGCUGAGCCAGCAAGCUCAGCUAGCUUCCCGUUGAUUAGCAAUUAGCUCGCUCGCUCUCUCCACCGCCGUCGACCUCGCUGGUCGGCCACCUCCAUUGGCGAGAGACGUGAGCUCGAGCGGCGCGCGCACAGAACGCAAUGGCAGCAGGCAAUGCCGCCGGCGGCGGCGCCGCUGCCGUCCUCUUCCUCGUCCUCGCCGUGCCGUCCGCCCUCCUCCUCGUCGCCGGCGACGACCCAUACCGGUUCUUCACGUGGACGGUCACCUACGGCGACAUCGCCCCGCUCGGCGUCAAGCAGCAGGGCAUCCUGAUCAACGGGCAGUUCCCGGGGCCGCAGAUAGAGGCCGUCACCAACGACAACCUCAUCAUCAACGUCUUCAACAAUCUCACCGAGCCAUUCCUCCUCUCCUGGAACGGGAUACAGCAGCGGCGGAACUCGUUCGAGGACGGCGUGGCGGGGACGACGUGCCCGAUCCCUCCCGGCGGCAACUUCACCUACAUCCUGCAGGUGAAGGACCAGAUCGGCACCUACUUCUACUUCCCCUCCCUCGCCUUCCACAAGGCCGCCGGCGGCUUCGGCGGCAUCCGCGUCCUCAGCCGCCCCAUGAUCCCCGUCCCCUUCCCUCCCCCCGCCGCCGACUACACCCUCCUCGCCGGCGACUGGUACAAGGCCAACCACACCGACUUGAAGUACAUGCUCGACAGCGGCAAGGCCCUUGGCUUCCCCGACGGCCUGCUCAUCAAUGGCCGCAGCUGGGACGGCUACACCUUCGACGUCCAACAGGGGAGGACGUACAGGUUCCGGAUAUCGAACGUGGGAUUGUCCACGUCGCUGAACGUGCGGUUCCAGGGGCACACGAUGAAGCUGGUGGAGGUGGAGGGGUCGCACACCAUGCAGACCGCCUACUCGUCGCUCGACGUGCACCUCGGCCAGUCCUACUCCGUGCUGCUCACCGCCGACCAGCCCGCCUACGACUACGCCGUCGUCGUCUCCACGCGCUUCACCUCCAGGAUCAUCUCCACCACCGCCGUCCUCCGCUACUCCGGCUCCGCCGGCAAGGCCCCCGUCCCCCUCCCCGGUGGCCCCACCAUCCAGAUCGACUGGUCCCUCAACCAGGCCCGCUCCAUCAGGUGGAACUUGACGGCGAGCGGGCCGCGGCCGAACCCGCAGGGGUCGUACCACUACGGGAUGGUGACGGCGACGAGGACCAUCAGGCUGGCCAGCUCGGCGGCGACCAUCAACGGGAAGCAGAGGUACGCGGUGAACGGGGUGUCGCACGUGAACCCGGACACGCCGCUCAAGAUCGCCGACUACUACAAGAUCGCCGGCGUGUUCUCGGUGGGGACCAUCUCCGACAGCCCCUCCGGCGGCGGCGGCGGCGCCUACCUCCAGACGGCGGUCAUGGGGGCCAGCUACAGGGACUAUGUCGAGGUCGUGUUCGAGAACCCCGAGAGCGAGGUGCAGUCGUGGCACAUCGACGGCUACGCCUUCUGGGUCGUCGGAAUGGAUGGAGGGGAAUGGUCGGCAGCAAGCAGGCAGAGCUACAACCUGAGGGAUGCCGUCUCCCGGUACACUGUACAGGUGUACCCUAACUCAUGGACUGCGAUCUACAUGCCCCUGGACAACGUGGGCAUGUGGAACGUCCGGUCGGAGAGCUGGGCGAGGCAGUACCUGGGGCAGCAGUUCUACCUCCGCGUGUGGACGCCGUCGACGUCGUGGCGCGACGAGUACCCCAUCCCCAAGAACGCCCUCCUCUGCGGCCGCGCCGCCGGUCGCCGGACAAGGCCGCUCUGACACAAGGAAGACGAAGGAAGGGAUGCACCAGGGAGGCUCUGUGUCAUGAGAGGAUGACAUGUGCAUGAGCACUCAAAUUUCAUACCUUCCUGAAGAUUGAAAGAUAUAUGGCUCAGACAUCUGAACUGCAGAAUGAAUUAACUGGAGAAACAUCAUCAGAGCUGGUGGCCUGAAUUUGCUCUUGAUUGUUUCGUGUAAUUGUUUUGGUGGUGGGUAUAGUCGAUAUAUCAUUGUAGCGUGACUAGCGUCUUACAUUGUUAUGUUGGUUUUUUUUUUCCCUUUGGAAAAAGGCACCCUCAAUAAACCGAGUAUAUGUUACUGUCAUGUUUACAUCAAUGGCAUUGUUUCUUGUUCU